AUGUCUUCCUAUCAAUACUCGGCACAGCCUCAAACCGUUCCGGCUUCUCCCGUUUUCACCCCCGGGUCCAGCUCCUUCGGUAGGCCUAUCUUACUGUUACAGCUUAAGAAAGUUCGAAACUUUUGUCGGUCCUCAGCGAAAAUUCUUAGGCUUUAUCCAAAAGGCACCUAGGAUCGUCAGAGUGGUCACUAGAGGGGUUAGGUGAACAAAAUCCCUAGAGGGCUAAGAUAUAGGUGGUCCCUAUAGGAAUUUAUAAUCUGAUUCCUAGGCCGCUAAAUCUUGAGUAGGCCCUAUAGGGGUUUUUAAUUCAUAUAUGUUUCUAUUUGACAUUGAAAAAGACGCAUGAAGGCCACUAACCCCUCGAUUGGCCAGUAAUUAAAAUUCCUGGAGAGGCCACUUUUGCAAGCUUUUUCUGCCCCCGCCCCCCAUAUGGGCAUUUAAGGUGAGGGGAUCUUUCAAGGGCCCCUCAGGAUGCCCCUCUAGGGAGCACUAAGGCGUUCCCGAGCAGUUAAACUUCGAUUAUUUCCUCAAGAAUAUACUUAGGAACGCCAGAGAAGUCCCUAAAGGGGCCACUUUUGCAAACUUCAAUGUCCCUUAUAGGGAACGGCUAAGUAGUCCCUAGAGGGGAAAUUUUCAUUUUCCUACAAAUUAUAUAUUUGAGGAGGGUUUUCUUUUCCCAACUUUCCCAAAUUCAGGCGGAUCGCAAGCCUCUUCUGGUAAUUCUGGAGCAUCAAAUUCCCAAAUUCCACCUCUGCCGAUCGGUUCAGACGGUCAGGAACUCGAAAUGAUCAACGCCAAGGUGAAAUUCAUCAUAUUUUCGCGACUUGAAAGGAACUUCUAUGCGCUCUCUCCCUCUCACGGCGACCCUCUCAUAUUGACGUGCUAUUUUCAUGUUUCUCUGACCUCGCCGGUGAGGGAACAGAGAGACGCAGAGAAGUCAGACUGGUUGUCGUCGCAGAGAAUGCACCAUAGCUCAUUAUGUAGCCCAUAUUUUGCGACUCUCUGCGCCCUCUCCCUCUCUCGGCGACCCUCUCAUUUCUACGCGCUAUUUCAAUGUUUCUCUGACCUCGCCGGUGAGGGAACAGAGAGACGCAGACACUCGGAAACUUUCAAGUCGCGGCGAAUGGACUAAAAGCAAAAAUCAUACAAUUUUUUGUGUCCUUAAGGUGACGCCAUAUCCCGGUUACGUAGCCCCUCCUCCAGCUCCAGACUUCCCCACUUUAAUUGAGAAUACGGAUUCAAGCCCCGAUGAAGAAAAUCCCGAGGUUUGUUAUUUUAUUGUAUGGGUUUUAUUGAGUCCAUUAAAAUUUAGAUGUUUAGAAUCUACAUUUUUUUUUCCCAGAAAAAGCCACAUUUCUCCAACUUUUUGGAAAAUCACUCUAGUUAUAAUUUUUUCUGAUUUAGUAACGUUUUAAAGUCGAAAAACUGUCCUGAUACGGCGAAUUUGGAAGUAGUCGGCCAAAAAAGGUGCCCCUCUAGGGACCACUUCACCUCCACGUAUAGCGGGCACUGAAGCCUGCAAAAGUGGGCCCUAUAGAGGCUUUUUUCUCUCUAACCCCUGUAGGGCCCACUCUGGCGCUCCUAAAGAGUUCAUUCUUCAAAAAAAGAUCCGAGAAAGGUCAUGUAGUCCAUUGAAAAUCGAAUUAACUCAAAAUUGAUGCUAAAAAUAUUUUAAAGACACCAUUUUUCGAGUUGCUGAUGAUUUUUUAAGAUUUUUUUCCCACUCAGACCUUUUUUCCGUCUGUCUCAAGUGAUUUUCCACGGAAAACUCUAAAAUUUCGGUUGUAAAAUGCUUUGAAUUUAAAAAAAUCCUCUUAUUCUCCUUCCCACAGACCGUCCAAGCGAAUCUCGUCUCCCAACAAGGAUCUCAAACUCUAAAAUCAUCCAAACCACUUGACCUACUACCUGCAGCUCAAUCAACGUCAGGUAGGACUUUUAAUUCGAAUAAUAUGCAUAAUUUUGUGAAAUUCAAGAUUAUUCCUCCUGUCCGGCCGAGCUGACCACCUUGAACUCUUUUCUAAUGUGCAUCAAAAGAUUGGCUCCAAUGGCUACGGACGAAAAAGUCUCGACUUGCACUUUUGAUCAGACUUCUUCUUGUCGGUAAGAAACUCAAAAAAGAAUAUAAUGAAUCCAAAAAGGUUUGAGGGAUGAAAAACUACUAUAGUGGUCACUAAAAACAGAACUACUUAACUGGGAACGCUCUCAGUGGCUACUUUAGGGUUCUGAAGCUUUAGUGGCCACUAUAGUAGUCGAACUAGUGACCACUUAAGUGGCUAAACGUAAGUGUUCUCUUUAGAAAUUUAAAAGGUACUACUAGGGCCCUCAAACUACUAUAGUGGCCACUAAGAGGCAAAAUAGCGGCUCCUUAAGAGGUGAUUUUAGUGACCACCUGAAUGUCCUUGGGAUACCUCUUUAAGUGGCCACUGACAUUUUUCUCUGUUGAAAAGAUUUCAAUCAAUAAAUUCAAGUUAUCUUAAGAGAAAGUGCGCUCCAUUGCCAAUUUCUCUUAUAACGCGAAUCGAACGUUUCAAAACAAUCCUAGCGUCCACUUCAGUGGCCACAGAACCCUUAAGUGAUCCCUAAAGUUGCUCAGAAGUCCGGUUACCCCGGGAGCUAUUAGAUUCUUAAAAAAAAAAAUUAUCUUCUUUUCUGGAUCUACUGUCCUUCCGAAGGACUUGAAACAGUCUGAGCUGUCUGCGUCUCUUUUCCCUCGCCGGAGAAGUGAUGAAAAUAGCGCGUAGAAAUGAGAGAGCGCAGAUAAAUCAAAACUUCUGCGUCUCGGGGUACUUAGAACACUUGAAAAGAAAUCUCCAACUUAAAGAUUUCAAUCGAUCGCCGCUCCGCUGAGCGUUGGAAGCCUGCCAAGCCCCGCCCACUACCGUAAUUUCGCUGCGAUAUCUUCACGCCAAGAGAACAUGCCACCGCAGGAUAAUUUCGUCUUCCUUGUUGAAUAUCGAGUAUUUCACGCAAGUUGAAAAGUGAAUAAGUGAUCACUUAAGGGAGCAAGAGCCGAGGACGAAUUUAUGCUCUCCACUUCGAUCCGGUGUCAAAAAGGCAACGGAAUUUUGAAAUUCGAGUAAGGUUGAAAGUGCGCUCCAUUGCUAAUCUCACUUUCCAGCUACUGGAUCCUCGGGAAUCCCAAUGACGUCAUCAUGCGGGUGUGUACAUCGGACUCGACGUCCAGGUCUUGUACUCAGGUAUUUCCCGGGCCGCGACGCGACCGCGACGCGUCAUUUUCAGGCGAUCGUCUACACGGCUUCUCCUACGGUAACCGUGGAAGUCGUCAAUCCCAACACUACGGUGUUUGACGUUCAAAUCGUUGCCUCCAACUUGAUUUCGCCGACCGUCAUUACCUUUGAUAACCUUAUCUACCAGGCUGAUCUAUGCGAUGCUGAGAAGGUAAGAUGAGCAACAGAGGGUGUGAAAUGAGCAAUAUCGAGAGUAAGAGGAAUGCUUUAACAGUGUUUAUCACAAGAAAAAUUCAACCUUUUUCUUCAAAAAUGACCAAGUAAAGUUCCUCAUGGAUUAAUGACGUCAUAACGAGUUUUUUGAGAAUUAUGACGUCAUUUUGCGCUGAUUAAGAAAAGUGAUCUUGAUCUUUGAUAAAACUUGAUCAGUGAAUUCAGGUCCAAUUUUUACUCUACCAGCAAGAUUACUUUCAAAUCAAAUUAAUCAAAAAUAGCCGCCAGGAUCCUCAAGCAAAUCUGCUCCACUGAUAAUCAAAACUUUCUAGGGCGAAAAAAACGAAGAUUCCGAAGCGGUCAACUCGUUUUUCGACGAAACUGUCGGAGAUGCGCAGGAAGAGCCUAGGGACGAACUGAAGCCGAUUUUCAUUCCGGCUAGGCCGAAAAAUCGUCCAGCUGUCGACAACGCCUUGGAGGAUCAAGAAAAUCGAGGUUCGGGGAAAAACUCUAGUGGCCACUUAAGUGGUUGCUCAAGGACUACUUGGAGAAGACACUAAAGUGGCCACUAAAACCAGCACUAUAAAAAGCCACUAUUCUGCGUCCCAGUGGCCACUAAAGUAGUUUUUGUGGUCUAGUAGUACCACCAAGACUUCUAAAGAGAACAUAAGUUUUAGCCACUUAAGUGGAAACUAAAAAUUCAAAACCCUCAAGCGGCCACUACACUUCUUGCUCUGGUAAAGAAAAAACUUCUUCAGAAUCCGAAGAAGCGGACGAAGAAGCUUCAGAAGACGUCAGGUCUCAAUCUUCCGAAGGAAAAAGUCUAUGUGAACUUCUAAACUGCGAUUUUGACAAGGAUCUUUGUUCUUACUCAAACUAUGAGAAUGAGACAAUGAGGUUUGAUUUUUUCAGAAAGAGAGGUCUAUUUUUUUUUUCCAGCCUUUCGAAUUGGCAAAUCGGGAAUCAUAGGGUCGGAAACCCUCAUACUGGAGUUCGUGAUCAGACUGGAGGUGAGAAAAUUUGAAAAAAUCAUCGAAAAACUGAUUUUUUCAUUCUAAAAUCAGUUUCGGGUUUCCAAGAACCUCUCGAUGGAAAAAAAAAAAGAUUUUUGUGAAUAGUUUUUCGUUAAAUUUCUUCUAAGUCUAUCAAACCGACUUCUUUGACCCGCUUUGUCACGUUCUUGUCACAUUUUUGUCUAACAGAUUACUUCCGUCUAAAUCUUAAAAAGGAAUAGAAACUUUCCGAUCAUUUUUAAGGUUUUAAGGUCGGUCAAAAGUGAGAUUUCUCGUCUCUAUUUUUCCAAUUUUCGUUUAAAAACUGAUCUAGCUUUCCAAUUUCACUCUAUUUUGUUCAAUUCUGACUAAAAUUAAUUAAUGUUUUCCAGGAUUCCUCUACGUUGGAACGGACAGUCGACAGCAGAAACUUGUGAAUUACAUCUUGGAAUCAGCAAAUAUUACAGUGGAAGAGGAUUUCCAACUUUCUCUGGACGUUUACCGGAGGUCAAAUGAUAUCACCUUACAGGUACGUUAAUUAUUUCAGUCACUUUAGUUUUUUAUCCGUGGAGCACAUUUUGAUUUUAAAAAAAACCUCUGCAAAGUUCUCUUUUUUCACUUAAGUGAUAACUUUCUGGUUUGAGCUUAUUUUUAUCAGUGGAGCGCUUCGCGCUUUUCAAAAAUAGCCGCUUUGAAAAUCACUUUCUCUUUGCAAAACGGUGUUCUUACAGCAGCAUAAAGCGAAUGGCCGAUUCUCAAUCUUUUUUCCCUUAAGUGACCACUUUCCCAUUUUCAGGUAUGCCUCGAUUCCCCAUUCUACUGCCCUUAUUCCGUUUCACCGUUCCAAAAGGAAGUCUACUGGAAGGAAGGCGAAUUGUUCCUCAUCCCUAAAGGGACCACUAAGGUAGUUUUUUCCCAUGGUUUCCUAUAAUCUUAGAAAAUUCCAGAUCUACCUCCGAGCGAUCCAAUGGAAACGGUUCAAAUGGCUGGCGAUCGAUAAUUUGAAAGUUAUUUCCAACAAAUGCUGAUUACCUCAUUCAUUGUUCUGUUAUUUACUAUGAAACCAUCUUCAAAUUGUGUCAAAUAAAUUAUUUACAUUAAAAAGUAUGUAUUUCUCCACUUAUCACCGAUCAAAACUCCCAUGUAAGGCUAAUAUGGCGCGAGGAAACGAGUCCGCCCUCCGCAGCAGCGAUGUCCGAGUGGUUAAGGAGUUGGACUUGAAAUCCAAUGGGCAUUGCCCGCGUAGGUUCGAACCCUGCUCGCUGCGAACUCUUUUUUGCCUUUUUUUAAAAGCUCGCCAAUACAUUUAUGCUCAAUAUUUAAACUGCCUGAGGGUCGUUAUCAGAAAAGACGUCUUCUAAAAAAUAUUUUAAAGAAUAAUAAGAGUUUGCAAGCCUAAAAAGCUUGAAAAUUACGCUUAAACUGAACUUCGUUCAAAAAUUAUAAGAAACCCGGUCAAGAAAUGUUUCAAAAUGGCUUUAUAAAUAUAGUUUACAUGGGCAAUACUAAUGAAGCCCCGAGGAGCUGGAAGAAAAAUAUAAAUUUCUCGACUACAACGUAGUCGACUUUUAUCAUACAAAACGUUCCAUCCCGGUUCAUUUUGCUCAGUUUGUCAACUUUCUUCGAUUUUUGUCGUUUUCAUGUAUGAAAAAAGCUUUUUUUGACGGUCAUGAAAGUUCGUUUAAGCAUAAAAACGCAUUUUUCGAAAAAAACAAUUUGUAAAAUUUUUAAAAAAACCGCUUUAAACCUUCAGAUCCCUCCACUAAUUUCGAUUUUUUUGUUAUUUUUCGUGUCUAAGCAAAAAAACUUUUUGAUUUUAUGUAAAAUGUCUAAAAAAAUAGUUUUUUUCUAGGAGAUUUGACGCUCAAGUAGUUUGAUUUUUGAACAUACGAGCGUAUUUUUUUGGAAAAAAAUGAGCGCUUAAAAAAAUCUUUAAACUUCCGAUAAAUAUCUGAUUUUUUUAACUUUAAAGUUAUUCGCAGCUUCGUCUUUUUUUCAAGAAUUUCUUCUAAUAAUUAAUAAAUUUCCUGGUAUUAAAAUAUCUUUUUUCUCAACUCGAUCAUCGGCAAAAAAAAUACGAGCUGCUUAUGAUUAUGAAGAAAAACUGAUUUCCAGGAAUUUUCGGAAUUUUCCGUCAACUUUUCGAAUUUUUAAAAGUUCUAUAUAUUUUUCAGAAUGUCACCCUACAACUACAAAACGUUGAAAGUCGAAAAAGUGGCGGAUUUCGUGAUUCGGGUGGCUUUGAACCGUCCAAGGGUGCUCAACGCAAUGGAUACUGAGCUUUGGGGGUGAGAAUUAUGUUUUGUAACUCGAAAAAUUCGCUUGAAAGCUAUGAAAAAAAGCUUCAAAAGCCGAAAAAAUCUAACUACCGAGGAAAAUUCCUUUGAAAAACCUGUGAAAAAUCGAUAAAUUUCGUGUCAAAUCGAACUAUUUCAAAAUCGACAGCCUUUCAGACCUGCUCCGGACGUUUCCGAGCAUUUUUAGUACACACUCAAGUGAUUACACCGCUAAAAGGACCACUAGAAAGGCUCAGAAACGUCCGGGGCGCGUCCGGUUUGCGCCACCAAGGUCCGAGUUUUGUAGUAUUUUUUUUUUCCAAGACGAACUUGAUAAAAAAAAUUUCAGAGAAAUCGGCGACGUAUUCCUGAAACUCGACGAGGAUCCCGACUGUCGAGUGGUCAUUUUAGAGGCCGAGGGAGCGCAUUUUUGCGCAGGACUCGAUUUGACAAGUUUCUCGAAAAUUUUCUGAAAAAGCACCUAUUUUAAAAUACCCUUGGUUUUUCUAUCCCGAAUCCUUAAAAAAAAGGGCGGCCGCAUUUGGAAUGGCUCAAAGUGCCGCGGUUGCGUUGCGGAUGGAACCAAGCUUGAGUCAAUUUCGCAGCUUAUUUUUAUCUAUGGGUGUUUGCGCGAGUCGUUUCAGGUCGGGUGCAAAUUUUCCGCAAAAAAAAAAAGAUCCAUCAUCACAUACAGUCUCAAGAUUCGUUGAAAAUGUUCAUGAAAAAAUUAUUUUUUCUGAAUAUUUCUGGAGAAAAUAAAGAGAAUAUUUGAAGACGGGGCUCUGGCGGGCCUAUCGAACGUCGAAGAGGGCGAAGACGUCGCCCGGAAAGCCCGGAAAAUCAUGCGAAUGGCCAAAUGGAUGCAGCAACAGUUCGUCAACAUACAGAAGGCGGGUCGAGGAAGAAAAGUCGCGAAAAAUGUCACCUACAUUUCGUUUUCCCUCGAGUGAUCCCUCAAGUCAUUCUAUACUUCGUUUUUGGAAACUUUAAAGGAAUCCUGAUCCCAUAAGUGACCCCUCAAGUGAUUUAAUAGUCGAUUUUGGCGACUUUAAAAGACUCCUGACCCCUUGAGUGAUCUCUCAAGUGAUUCGAUUCUCCGUUUUGCCUAAAGUGAUCCCUUAAGUGAUUCAAUAGUCCAUUUUGGCGACUUGAAAGGACUCUAGACCCCUCAAGUGAUCCCUUAAGUGAUGCAACGCUCCGUUUUUGGCGACAUCAAAAGACUCCUGACCCCUUGAGUGAUCUCUCAAGUGAUUCAAUACUCCUUGGCUACUUGAACGAACUUCUUACCCUCAAGUGAUCCCUCUAGUGUUUAAAUAGUCGUUUUUGGCGACUUUGAAGGGCUCCUGACUUCUCAAGUGAUCCCUUAAGUGAUUCAAUACUCCGUUUUUGGCGGAUUUGAAGAGCUCUUGACCCCUUAAGUGAUCCCUUAAAUGAAUCACUACUCAUAUUUUUGGCUACAUGAAACGACUCCUGAAUCCUCAAAUGAUUCCUCAAGUGGCCCCUCAAGUGAUUCAAUACUCCGUUCAUGCGACUUUUAAUGGGUUUUGACCUCUCAAGUGGUUCUAUACUCCGUUUUUCGCUACUUGAAAGUACUCCCGAUCCCUCGAGUGACCUCUCAAGUGAUUCGAUUCUCCGUUAUCCCUAAAGUGAUCCCUUAAGUGAUUUAACACUUUUUUUUGCGACUUGAAAAAACUCCUUACCCCUUGCGUGAUUCAAAACUCAGUUUUUGGCGACUUUUAAGGACUCCUGACCCCUCAAGUGACCCCUUAAGUGAUUCUAAAUUCCAUUUUUCGCCACUUGAAACUGCUACAUUUCCCUGCGCCCUCCUCAUCUCUUUUCUUAUGGAAACCCCUACAAGGAUCACCUGAGCAAGCUUGAGUGGCGCCUAUAGGGACAGGUGAAGGGGUCCCUAGAAAGGGAGCCUCCAGGGUUGCCCGGAAAGCGUACCUAACUUCUUAUUGAUCACAUUUUUUCACCUUGAACUUUGCUUUUUUCUCAUUGAAACUUGAAAAACAGAAACAGCGUACUGAUUCAGUGUUCGAAGCCAGUGAUCGCGGCGGUGCACGGCGUCUGCUACGGCGCCGGCGUUGACGUCAUCGCCUCAUGCGACAUUCGCCACGCGACCAGAGACGCCAGGUUCUGCGUCAAGGUGCGUUGAACUCCAAAAAUGGAAAUAAUUUUUCGACACUUUAAAAGAUUUCCUUGCAAUUUUCAUGGAAGCGUCAAAGUUUAAGCGAUGAUAUUAUCAUUGGUGAGAAAUAACUAUCAGAAAGAAAAUAAUCAGAAAUUAAGUUCUACGGACGGAACGCAUCUGAUUGGCUACCGUAACCUUUUAUAUCCACUAGUUUUUUUCCAUGGUAUGAAAAAAAGACCAGCGAAAUUUCAAACGGCGACUUUUCCGAUAGGAAACUUUACGACGGUCACUUUUCCGCCGAAUCUUUUUCUGACUUUUUUCUCGAUUUACUUUUUGUUUUGAAUGUUCCUAUAUAAGGUAGGCAAGUUUUUCAUGAUUAAAACACAAAAAAAUAAGAAAAAAAAAUUUUUAUAGAUGUUUUAUAAACGGAAAAAAAUAUAAGGGAAAAAAGUCGGAAAGUUCCUUAGCGAUAUGAAAAAAUCGGAAAAGCCGCCGUUCAAAAAUUCGCUGGCCUUUUUUUCAUACCACCGGAAAUAAGAGAACUAGAAGGUUACGGUAGUCAAUCAGAUGCGUUUCGGCCGUAGAACUUAAUUUUUGAAGCUCAUUCUGCACACUUAUUUUUUUCUUGGUUUUUUUCAAUUUUCCUGAAGUUUUGGACUAAAUGUGUGACUGCCUAAUUUUGCACGAAACUACCUAUUUUCAGGAAGUCGACGUCGGGUUGGCGGCGGACGUCGGCUCGCUCAACCUUCUGCCCAAAAUCUGCGGGAAUGAGAGCUGGCUGAAAGAGGUUUCUCAUUGUUUCAAUUUUUUUUGGAAAAAAGAAUUAUUGACUUAAUGUGUGAGAUUUUUUUCAAACGUAAAAAAAGACAAAAAAAUGAAUCUUUUUCGAGUACUUUUCGAGUAAAAAGGACUUUUUCAGAACAAAAAAGUGUCUUUCCCGAUUUUAAAAUCCAAAUACGACGCUUGGAAAAAGACGUUUUUUCAUAUUUUUGUGUAAUUUAGGGAACUCGACUACGAGGCAAAAAUCGAGAAAUAUUAUUUUGGAGUUUAGCAAACUCCGUCAAAUUUUGAACGGGGGACAAAAAAAAAUUAUGAAAAUUUUUCAGAUCUGCAUUUCCGCCCGGCCCUUCGACGCAGAAGAAGCUUUGAGAUUCGGUAAAAAUUCAUGUUUUUUCAUCAGCGAAACCCUCUAGGGGUCACUUCAGAUCUUAAAUUCGUAUUUCUUUUCUCGCUGAUCUUCAAACUACUGUCAAACUCUUUUAAAACCCUCUAGGGGUCGCUACAGAUUCAAAUUUUGGAUUUUCUACUUCCUACUUCUCACAUCUACUGUUAAAUACUCUUAAAACCCUCAAGGGAUCACUUCAGAUCUUAAAUUCGUAUUUCUUUUUUCGCUGAUCUUCACAUAAACUUUCAACCACUUUCGAAACCUUCUAGGGAUCACUACAGAUUUAAUUUUCGGAUAUUUUAUUUCCUACUUCUCAGAUCUACUGUUACAUACUUUUAAAACCCUCAAGGGACCACUUCAGAUCUAACUUUCCAAAUUUUUUUUCUCUGAUCUUCAGAUCUACUUUUAACCACUUUUGGAACCCUUGAGGGGUCACUUCAGAUCCAAAUUUCGAAUUUUUCCAGACGUACUCAAUAAAAUCUACGAAACACGGGAAGAAAUGCAACGAGAAGUCCGAAAAUUGGCCUCCCUGAUCGCCAGCAAGACUCCAGUGGCCACUCAAGGGACUAAGGUGGAGCUUUUUUCAAAGAAAUAAUGACUUUUUUGUGAUAUUUGAGGAAAGAAGAGUUUUGAUGCUUAGAAAAAAGUUAAAUCGAAAGAAUCGUUGGGAAAAAAUCUAGUGGUCACUUAAGUGGUUCCUCAAGAAGUACUGGGGAAGGAAACUUAAGUGGCCACUAAAACCAACUCUAUAGAAGCCGCUAUUCUGCGUCUUAGUGGCCACUAUAGUAGUUUUUAGUGAUCUAGUAGUACCCCUUAACUCCUUAAAAAAAGCACUCAAGUGGCCACUAAUUUGACUACUCGAGUGACCACUAAAACGUCCAAACCCCUGAAGAGGCCACUCAAACUUUUUCCUAGCAAGGAUUCUGAAAAAAAAUUGUUUUUUUCUGUUGUUUUUUUCUCCUAAGAAAUUCAAGAACGGAAGGCCGCAAUUAUUAUUAUUUUUUUAUUAAAAAAAUAAAUAUUUCCAGAUUGUUCUCAACUACGCCCGCGAUAAUACUGUGGACAACAGUUUGAAUUUUUGUCGUAAGUUUUUUUAAAUGCUACGUUAUUCACUGAAAAAAACCAUGAGUUAAUAUCAAAAAAAUGCGAAAAAGUCGCCUUUUUUUCAAUAUAAAAACAAAAAAACCUCAUUUUUUUACAGUUUUUUCCAUUUUGACCCCAAAAGGUCGGUUCAAAAAAACUCAAUUUUUCUACAUUUCGAACAGACUUUUUGAGAUAAAUAUAAUGACUGCCUUAUUUGGUUUUUGAAUCUAUAAUUUUUCUAAUUACUCAAAAAUUGGAUUUCCCGGAAGGCUGUCAAAAAAAUUUGGGUCCUACAACGAGACAGCGACUUUUAAAAAUUGAUUGAAAAAUGCCCGAAAACCCCAAAAUUUUGAAUUUGCUUAAAGAUCCGCCACUUCGUUGUAGGACCUAUUUUUCUAACGGCUCUUCGAAACGAAUAAAACGUCAAUUUUUGAACGGUUGUUUUUGAACGGCAUUAAAUCCUAUUCGCGUCAGCUUGUCACGAUUUAUACUUUUCUCCAAGCUAUCUUCCCUUCGAAGCGCGUGGCCCGUCAGCGAGCAUGCGCCUUUAAUAUACCGGCCAUUUCUAUGCUAAUUUAAAGGCACAGGUCGAGCGUUACAAAGGGAACUAAAAAUCAUGACAAGCUUACGCGGAAUGGGCAAUAACUAAAGUUUUAACACUUAAAAACGUCAAAAAACUAAAUUUCAAGCAUUCAGGCGGCCUGGAACGGCUCCCAAAUAAUGACCGGGGACAUUCAAUCGUCCGGACUGGCCGUUUUGUCCAAACAGCCGCAUCCGCCAUUUUCAAAACUUUGA